ACACGUCUACGUCCCAGCGCGAGGCCCAGCGGGAGAGGCCUCCUGCUCCCUCUCGCUUCCUGAUCCCUGGGCGCCGACAGAGGCCCUGGAGGCAGAGGCAGCAGAGCGGACUUCAAUUUUGGGAGUCCAGGAGCUCCGGUCACCUACCGCCCUGGGCGCCGCCAUCUUGCUAGGCUUACGUAACCGGAAGGGGCCGGUUUUAUUACACCCACCUGGCCCAGGCUGAGGCUUCUUUUAUGUCCACGCCCCCUCUGUUUUCCAACCCUCCUCUUAAAGGCGCACGCACUUUUUACGCUUCUCGGGUUUAGGGAUUGCUGGGAGUGCCCUCUCCAUGAGCCUUAAGAUGGGACUCUGUAGCCUUUGCCUAGGAGAGGGUGGGCUAUACUUCCUGUUACAGGACCUUCUUUCCCUCCGACUGUGCUCACAGGGCCCCUGAGCUUCCGUGUUCGUUCAGCUCUCACUGGCUAGCUCCUUAAAACACGGAAGGAGAGUGAGAAACUGACUGCGUCUUUCUUUAAGCCCGGGUCAGGGAAGGGAAAGGUCAAGGGGGUGGUGAGGUUAGAUUUCAGGGUAGGAGACGGGGGAUGAGUUCUCAAGACUAGUAUUGUGAUGUGUUCGUGGUUUCAGUUUGGAGUUCAAGGCUAGAUCUCAGCGUGAAGAUUCAGUGUGAAGCCUUGAGGAUAUAAUUAUUCAUUCAUUCAUUCCACAAGUAUUUAUUGAGCUCCUACCACGUGGCAGGAACUGCUCUGGGUGCUGAGGUUACUAUGGUGAAUAGGACAGACCAAGUCCCUCUCUCAGGGAGUGAACAUUCCAGGCAGGGAGAGGAUGGAUAAGAAACAAAUGAAUAAGCAAGAUAAUUUCAAAUAGUAUUCAUUAAGAGGCAAAUAAAAAGAGGCAAUAUAAUAGGGAGUGACUGGGGGGUAGGGCCAUCAGCAAAGGCUCUCAGAACAGGUGACAUUUAAGUGAAGGUGAAGCUAGGAAGGAAACAGUCAUUCAAAGAUCUGGAGGAAAAGUGUCCCAGGCAGAUGUAAUAGCCAGUGCAAAGGCCCAGAGGUGGGAACCAGCUUGAGGAGAGAGGGAGGAGACUGGGUCAGAGAGGUGGGCAGAAAGCUGACUGUGCUUUGUUGCAUUCCCAGGGGCGUGUCAUGAUCUGAUUUACAUUUUCUGAAGAUCAUCUCUGUCAGGUGGAGAACAGACCUUGGAAGGCAAGGGAGGAAGCUGGGAGUAGCAAAAAGGCUACUUAAAUAGUCCACGCAAGAGAUGAAUGGGGACACGAGCAGGGAUGGGGCAAUGGAAAUGGUGAUAAGUGCUCAGAUUAUGAGUCUAUUUUGAAGAUUGAGCCAAUAGCUUGAGAAACGAACAAGGAUAGUGAUGCCAGUUAUGGAGCUGGGGAAACUGGGAAUGUAGCAGGUUUGGAAGGGCUGGUGUGGUAGGCUGAAUAGUAGCCCCUCCCAGAAUAUCCACGUCCUGAUCCCUGUGAAUAUGUUACUUUAUAUGGUAAAAGGAAGAUGUGAUUAAGUGAGGAAUCUUGUGAUGGGGAGAUUCUCCUGGAUAAUUGGGAUGGGCCCAAUGCAAUCACAAGGGUCCUAUCAGAUGGAGGCAGGAGGGUCAGUCGGUAGGAGACGUGAUGAGAGGUGCAAGAGGUUAGAGUGAUGCAAGGAAGGGGCUAUGAACCCAGGAAUACAGGUGGCUUCUAGAAGCUGGGAAAGGCUAGGAGAUGGGUUCUCCCCUAGAGCCUCUAGAAGGAACCCAGCCCUGUGGGCCCACUUUAGACUUGUGACCUUUAGAACUGUAAGAUAAUAACUUUGUGUUGUUUUAAGCCACUAAGUUUGUGAUAAUUUGUUACAGCAGCAACAGGAAACUAAUACAGUGGUGCAGGUCCCAACUGAGAUUUCUGUCUUGAGUAUAUUCACCUUGAGAUGCCUGAGAUAUCCACGUGGAGAUGCAGAGUAGGAUCUGGAGCUCAGGAGUGAGGUCAGGACUGGAGUCAGAGACUUGGGAGCCAUUGCCACAUAGAUGGAAUUUGAACACCCUGAGCCUGAAAGACUGAUUCUAGCAGAGUGAGGCCCGCAGUGUGUUCCAGCCUUUUCCAUGGCAGGGCCCACGCUGAUAGUGACAAUAUCUGUGGACAAGUCUGUGCUCAGCAGAAUUGGCUGUUCCCCGGUAGGUCAGCAGCCUAGAGACUGAGGCAUCCCAGCUGAGGGAUCAUCUCUGUGGAAGCCACCCUUGGUUCCUCAGGCACACUGGCUGGGGGGCCCUGGGAUGGCCCAAGAGGAGAAGACAGGCAAGGACCAAGCUGUGGGUAAACUAGAGGCCAAAUGGACAAGAAGGCAGCAGAAGAGGCUGAGGAGCAGUGGGAGGGACCGAGGACAGGGCGGGAUGAGAUGAGGCCAGGCAUCCACAGACAUCAGCACCCAGGAGGGGUCACGCCUGAGCAGAGGCAGGGACGGGUGGAAUUUGACCUCCACCAGCUGGGCUGUGGUGGGAACCUUGUGAGCACAGUUGAGGUUGGACUUCAACAGGAAAAGAGAAACACAUGAGGCUGCUGAUUCUCACUGCAGAAUGGACUUUGGGAUAUGCCAUCCCAGCCUCCCCUCUGCCCUACCCUUUCCUCUCCCCAACCCCCAGCUCCCCAGGGGACUGGGUCACUCUGGACCUUGCUACUUCCUGCUCCUGGCUGCCACUGCUCAGAGAUAUGGAGCUGUGGAGGCAGCUCUGGCAGGCUGGACUGGUGCCCCCGGGACUGGGCCCACCUCCCCAGGCCCUGAGGGGCAUCCCCCCAGUGGGGAGGGCUGGGCAGACCCUCAUGUGCCCAGCGGUAGACACCAAAGGUGCCAGGGAGAGUCUGCUGUGGAUCUGGGAGGAGUUGGGGAACCUCCGCCGAGUGGAUGUCCAGCUGCUGGGCCAGCUGUGCAGCCUAGGGCUGGAGAUGAGGGUGCUGCGGGAGGAACUGGUCACCUUCCUGGAAGAGGAGGAGGAGGAGGAGAGCAUGAAGGAGGAGGAGGAGGAUGAAGAGCCCGAGGGGAAGCAGGAGGAAGGACAGCUGGUGGUCUCCUGCCCCACCCAGUCUCACCGCCUCCCUGACUUUGAGAUGACCAUCUGAGGCCCUGCCAGUGUGCUUCCGAUGGACACAGGAAUGAGAUGCAAGUUUAUGCAAGGAAGAGGGGGGGAUUUGCAGGUCAAAUCAAGUGUAAAUGGUGAUUUGGAGUCAACUCCUGUUCCUUGAGCAAGUGCUUUCCCUGAAGAUGUCUGAGAUGAGAUUGAGGGGUGGCCUGUGGGCUGUGGGUGUGUUUGCAGGUGAUGUGGGAAGUUGGCAGAGAAACUCUAGGGAUAUUUGCAGAGGAGCCGCAGGUGGGUUGCAGAGGAGAUGUGGGUCUUUGCGCAUAUGAUGGAGAGCGGGCAGAUGGCUAUCGAGCCCCUGAAAUGUGGCUAGCCCUUAUUGAGGUGCUCUGUAAGUGUGACAUAUAUGCCAAAUUUCAAAGGCUUAGAAUGAUAAAAAGAAUCUAACAUUUCAAUAAUGUUAAAAAUUAAUUACAUAUUGAAAUGAUAGUAUUUCGAGUAUAUUGGGAUAAAUAAAAAUAUGACUA